AAGCCGGAAGUUAAUAGAUCACAUGAUAAUAUUGUUUCGUGUUGGAGUAGAGGGAGUUGGAAAAUCACAAGACCACACGAAAUAAUGAAACUAGAUUUGCUGAACCUAAACGUGUAGCGGAAAAAAAUAACAAACUGACCACCUUUUCUCAGAGUCUUGAUCGACUUACAGUUCAUGAUAAUGCCCGGCCCAGAGGAUGAUGGUGUCCGGUCGACGGGAGGCCAAGUCGAUGAAAUGGCCAUGGCUCUCAUUGAUGCUGCCUAUGACCAUGAUCCCUCCACCAGAGAGGUCAUCGAGAAUUCUUUGUUUGAUCUGGGCAAGAAGAAGCCUGAUCUCAUCUUAAGCUCUUGCCACAGUUAUCUGAAGAAACAUUCAAAGCUGUCUCUGGAUCAUAGAGUGGUGAUAUUGAACACGGUGGAGCGAAUCCUCAAAGAAACCCUGGAUUCUGUGGACUUAAGUCUGGCCGUUGACCUCAUCAAACAGGCGUCCUCAGAGCUGACUCUGUCAAAAGAAGUGUCUCCGGACUGGCAGACUGCUGCCAGUGGGGUGCUUGUGGCCCUGGGGGCUCGUUAUUGCAAUGAAGUGAUGGGGGAGAUGCUGGAGAAGUUUCAGCCCGGAGUCCUGCCCCAUUUCUUUGUUGUGCAGACCAUUGGAAAUCUUGCCAUUGCCAACGUUUAUGAGAUGGUGCCCCAUCUGACUGCAGUUCUGGGCACGAUGCUGCCCAUGUUGGGGCUGGCCAAGUACGACAACAUGAGAUGGGUGUUUGCCUCUGCACUGUCAAAGUUCAGCGAAGCUAUUCUUGAGUACUGUGCAAAUUUGGACAAGGCCCCAGAUCCCACUGUCUCAACGGAUCGUUUUGCUUCAGAAAUUUUCUCUGCCUAUGACAUUCUCUUCAACGUGUGGCUGCAGUCAAAAGAAGCUAAGUUGCGACUGACCAUCGUGGAAGCGGUCGGUCACAUGACCCACGUGAUGACCCGUGACAAGCUACAAGACCAACUCCCCAGGAUUCUGCACGGGGUUUUCACCCUGUACAAGCGCCACCCGGAGCCUUUUCACAUCACACAGGGUUUGUGCAUGGUGUUGGACGCUGUGUGUGUAGAGGGAAGCCUCAUCCUAGAGCCUCACAUGGAUAACCUGCUCACUGUACUCUUCUCUCAGAUUUUCCAUCCUGUGGACUACACAAAUCCCAACAGCAUCAAAAACCACAACGAGGUCUUGCGUUGUUUUGCUAUCAUUGCAAGGGCGUUUUCUGGAAAACUUGUGGGAAUAUUGCUGGGUAAACUGGAAACAAAAGAUGAGAAGAUAAAGAUUGGAAUUCUCUCCAUUUUCAAGCACGUCAUCAACGCUGCAGUGUCGGCCAUGGAAGACAAGAAAGAGGUGGUUGUGUCAGGACUGAAAGGACUCUGCAGUGAUAACAAUAACAAGGUGAAGAAAAUGUUUGCCCAGGUAAUCAUUGCCAUGGCCCAUCACGGCUACCUGGAGUUGGAGGGUGGUCACCACAUGGUGGAGUUCAUCGUGCGCCAGUGUUCCCUGGAGGACGACAGCAAGGGCAAGCGGGUGGCUGAUCCAGAGCAUGUGAGCAACGGGGCUUUGAGGAUGAUGUGUGACAACAUUUUGACGCUAGUCACCACCACCAUUGACAAGAUGGAAAUUGUGCUGUGGCCGUACCUGUUGGAGCUGGUGGUCCCGGAGCAGUACACGCAGGCUGCAGGGACGCUGUGCAAGUCCUUGGCUUUCCUGGCUCACAAGAAAAGGUCUGAGCAAGCAGAAGACUAUGAGAUUGAGUUUGAAACUCAGCCAAACAUUCCAAAGCAGACUCAGCUUAUUGCUCGGCUUAUGGUGUUGGCAGGACGUCCCCGUAACGGCCGAGAGCGAGGCAUCCACGUGUUGAACCUGAUGAAGGGUCUGUCUCCAAAUCUGCACGACGGCAUUGUGGGUCUGUGGGACGCCGUCAUUCCAAAGCUGAUCAGCUACCUUGACGACUCGUCUGACAGUGAAACGGAGGAGGAGGAGGGCACCGCCAAAAAAGCUGAUUCAGAAAAAGAAACUUGGUCGCAGAAAAACUGGGAGGAUUUGUUAUUGAAGAUGCUGUCCAAAAGCCUGGAUGUAGUGGACACAGAGGAGUGGACAGCAGAGCUAGGCGAAGCCUUUGGUCACCAGGUGUCCCUGUAUGCUUCCUAUGUGGAAGAGAGAAACUUUGCCUUCAAGUGCUUAGGCAUCAUCAUGCGGAAGUCCACAAAGAAAGAUUUUGUCACCAAACAUCUCGAUCUCAUCUUCACAACAGUCAAGCAUGCUGACCAGGUGGAGAGAGAGUGCCAUUCAUUUGAUAAAAGAAACCGGGCUGCCUAUCAUUUGACGUCAGCUGGAUGCCCUUUUAUGGGCUGUGCGAUUGCUAUAGGCUAUACAGCAUCUUCGCAUUUGGACACAGUGCUGACAAAACUGGAGUCCGUUGCGAAAAAUGACAUGAACAAAAAGUCCGGCGGCCUCUUGAGCAUACUUAAUAAGGAUAAGACGGAAGUGAAUACAGAACAGGUCAAGGCCACCCUCAUGCUGUGCUACGGCUUUGUGGCUCUCUAUUCCCCUCCCUCCCUCAUCAUUUCUCGCAUGGAAGCCACCAUACUGCGCACCAUCUCGCCCUACUUUGUCAAUGUCAAGGACACGAGUGUCAAGCAGAACCUGAUCCGCUGCGCUGACCUCCUGGCUCAGUCUCUGCACCGGGACCACCUGGAACAGGACUACAACUUCUCCACACGGGGGGAGUUCUUGGUCCACAUGCAGAACUACAUGAAGGCUGAACCUGCAUCUUACAUAGCCACAGAGACGCGCACUUUAGCCAUGAACACGUGUGCCAAUUUGAUCAAACUUCAGCCGAAGCUGACAGAGGCAGAGGUGUUUGACCUGGUUCAGGUGUGCACGGACUGUCUCUUCUCACUGACCACCAACAGCCUGCUGCCCCGCAAGAACAAAGAGGAGAGCGUGGAGGAGGCGACCGAGGUGACGGCCAUGAUCGCAGUGGCCUUCACUUCUUACUACGACGUGUUGAAGGAAAUCAUCAGGAAAGACUGUACACCUGGGGGGCUGGAGAGUAUUUUCAAGCACCUGACCCCUUGGAUGUUGUCACCCUCAGAAGUUGAGAGGGAAAGAGCUCUGAGAACCUGGAAAGUGAUACAACAGUUUUACCUGGAGAAUAUGGAAGUAAAGGUGGAGUCCAACUUUGACAGCGAAGGCAUUUUCCUUGGGCGUCUGAUUCCCCGUUGUACCGAUCCCAUUUUGAUCAUAAGGCAGUUGGGGAUAGACAACAUUCAUCUCACUCUGAAAAUUGCUCUCAGAUCCGAAGGUAAUCCUCCUGACUUCAAAGACAGUAUGAUUGACGCUCUUCCAACUUUGAAAGAUAGACUAAAGAAAAGUGACCCCAACCUUAUGUUCAGUGCCAUCAACGAUGUUUCAAAGGUGAUCUCCAAGAAGCUCCCCGCUGACCACCUGGUCCCGUUCAUCGAGACAUUACAGCAGGGUCUGCUGGACAACCAAUCGCACAGUUCCUCCGGGGCCUGUGUCGUGCUAAAUGGGAUCAUGAAGAAUCGCGGUCUGGACAUUAGACAUAAGGUUGAGUCAUUUUUGGCUUCUCUCUACGAGCGCCUGUGUCAGAUUCAGUGCCCUCAGACCAAGACAGGAACCCUCCGCACGCUGCGCACCAUGGCCGGCCACCACCUGGUGCCUUUUGUCUCCUCGCUGCUCACGUACCCGCUGCCGUACGAAGAGCAUGUGGUGGAGAUCUGGGAGAUAUUGGCCCAAGACUCCAUGCUGUGUUCCCUGAUGCUGGACCAUUUCCUGGAGCUGUUGGUCAAGUCCCUUCCCUACGAGGAGAAACCAGACCCCAGGGACAAGGAGAAGACGGUCAAGACGUCCACGACUGUGCCUUUAGCUGUGACCUUUGCCCUCACUGAGCUGUUCAAAGUAGAAGAGACGUAUGACUGUGUCAGCAAAAUCUUCCCUCGUUUGUUUGCCGCUCUGGUGGUCAGAGUCGGAUCCUCUGUGUCAGUGAAUCCCCCAAAAAGCAAACAUGAACCAGAGGAAGUGAAACAAGACAAAAAGAAAAAGGCAGUUGUGACCAAAGAGCCCAAGAAGAUAAGUCCCAUACAAGUGGCCACGACGGCUCUGAAAACUUUCCUAGAGCACAUGAAGAUGACAGACAUUCUGGACGCGCUGGAAGCGGGUCGCGGGUGGGAGCUGAUGGAGGACCCUGAGGACUACCCUCAGGCCAUCACGCUUUUGGCCAAUGCCUUGGUGUACGAGGAGAAGGAGACUCACGUCGGCGACAUUGUCAACUCUCUGACCUCUGUGCUUUCCAGUCUGUAUGAGUCUCAGCGGGUCACGGUGGCUGCUUUUUUUGCUGAGCUCAUCAAUCAAAAGUGCCAGGGAAAUGAGGACCUGGUCCAGCUUGUCAUGACGAGCCUGCUGGGGCGACUGGUGGACGACUCCCACAUUGUGCGCAUGUUGUGUGUGCGAGGUCUGGGGAAUAUCGCUAGUGUCGGCAGAGAGCAGGUCCAGCUGUACGCGACGACGAUCCUGUCAGCCAUGAUGGCGGGUAUGGACGACAAAGAAGACCCGGAGGAUUACAUCACCAUCGAGGCCAUGAUUGGUCUGUCGCGUGUACUGGGGGAGAUUCAGGAAGAACACAUACGGGCCAUUCUCAUUAACGUCUCCCUCAAAAUUCGUCCAUGUUUUGAAAAGGAUAAGUCGCAAGUGAGAGCUCAAGCCUUCAAACUCUUUGGCAAUUUGUCACGGUUUGGGGACGGGCCGUCCAAAGCACCUUUCCUUGAGCAGAUCCACAGCAAUUUCAUCAGUCUUCUCCUGCAUCUUAACGACAAAAACGACGAUGUAAAACAGGAAUGCAAGUAUGCUCUUCGGCUCUUGGGACCACUGAUGGGAUCAGAAGUUAUGAACGACAAAUUUCAGCGCCACUUGGUGGAAGGUGGCUACCUGCACUAUGGAGAGUUCAUGAAUGACUUGGCCAAGCUCAUUAUCCAGGAUUUCCCAGACAAAAUCAACUUCUACGUGAUGGGGUGUGUGGCUUUCUUCAAGAGUGCCUGGCCAGAGAUCAAGAGCAACGCUGCCAUGUUCACAGGCUUCCUUCUAGGGAAUUUGACCAAGCAGGCACAGUCCAGCAUUACAAAGGAGCACAUAUGUUCAGCAUUGACAAUGUUACUGAAAGACAGCUCCCCAUCCGUGCGAGCCAAGGCUGCAGAAGCUAUGAGCUUGCUAUAUGACUAUUGAUUAAUAUCCCUCCUGCUUUUUGAAACCCUUGUUGAUUUUCUUGGCCACAAAGCGAUUAGUGUUUGUGUAUUUUUGCACAGCUUGAGAGCAUUUCCCUCACUGUCUCUCUGUUGAUAAAAUGCUUAAUGACUGCUGUUGUAGAUCUUAGAUAUUGCCAUGGAGGCAUGACAGGUCAGUUUUGCGAUUUAAUCAAAAACAGUACCACUAGUGAAGCAUGUACAAUACAGCUUGUCUAUUCUCAUACUUUAUUUUACCUGAACUUCCGAGGUCAACAUUCUCAUGACCUAUAAUUCUGUGUGUGGCUUUGAAUGUUGCUGAAAUAAAAUAUCAUUGCUGUCAUUAGAAAAUUGUGUAACUCCAUUUUGACUUGCUUUACAGGGUUCAUAGGAAAACAUUGGAGAUAUUCAUUUUUCUUGGGCCUAUGCCGAUAUAUUUAAGAAAAGGUAGAGAGCCUUUAAAAAUGUUAACUCCUUUAGUCAUGUGCAAUCAACUGGUGGUGCUUAACUCUGUAUCUCCGAGGGGGGGUAAACCCACUGUGGCGGGGCCCUUUUCUUGGUACUAAAUAUAAGAAUAUAAGAAUGACAAAAUCGUCACUAAAUGGGUCAUUAAAUCAAAACGAGUGAGCCUAUUUUGAUAGUUUUUCAUCUAAUGAAUGGACUUACGGUAUAAGAGACCUGUUUUUGGCACUUGCCGAAAAGUGAUUUGAUGUCGAAGUCGUCGUAAAGGAAUGGGCCCGAGCCACUAUCAGCGGCUCAUCAGCACAUCAUUUCUGACUGUGAGGCGCUGAGAGUGGCUUUCAGGAGAUAAAGAGUUAAGUGACGAAUAAACCAUGUCUGGUAUUGACUGUGUCAUAUGCCCCAACUGAACAUUAUUUUGUUUUGUUUAGAAUUGCUUCUUAUAUGUUGAAUGAGAUGCCAGCGGCAUUGAUAAAUGCCUAAUUCCUUGAUAAUGCUGAAUACCAUACAUGAUUUCACUUUGAUUUGAGGUGAAGAGUCUGAGCAGCUAGUAAUACUACUCAGAAAUGUGUGCAGAAACAAGGUAAUGUAACUUGCAUUCAGAACAAAGCUUUUAAAAAGAAAUUACAGUGCAGAAGCCUGCUAUGCAAAUUAGCUUGUUGAGUUGUUUUUGUGUUAUGUCAUGUAAGUGUUAUUCUUUCAUGCAAUGAUUUCCCUGUGAUAUUACUAAGUAAUAAUUGUUGAGUAAAGUUGUUUCAGUUUGUUUUAGUUCAUUUUUCUAUUGGUAUGUUUGACUAGUGUAGUACUUAUUCCGAUCAACCUUUGAAGAGGUCAAGGAAUUUCUUUUUGUACUUGGUCUUGUGCAAUAUGAUUAUUAAUAAACACCAUGAUUCAGAUUUUUUUAAUGCUCAUUUUCAAACGGAAUAAGAGUGAAGAUUUUUUGUUCUGUAUUGUUUUGGGUUUUUUUUAGUUUCUGAGGUUGUUUGUGUGGGGUGAAGGUUCUUCUUGCUUUGAUGUUGUCACCAAAUUGUCAUCAUGUUUCAAACGCCAGUCAUAUCAAUAUUCACUACAUUUUCCCAAUAAAGUGAGUUGGCCUACAAUAUAA